GAGAGAGAGAGAGAGAGAGAGAGAGAGAGAGACUCCAAGCGACUGUGUGCCAUUACGCACUGAGAUCAUGUGCCAGAUAUGAGGAGUACCACAGCUUCGGAGGAAACUCUCCGGUACUGUAGCUCAGGCUGGUUCCGAGCUUUUUGAGAUGGCCGGUGUUGACGGUCCAAACGGCACCGGGGCGUCUCCUGCCCCGGACUAUGAAUGGAGAUAUGAAUACUAUGACGACGAUGAGCCGGUGUCUUUUGAAGGACUCAAGGCGCACCGCUACUCUAUAGUGAUCGGCUUCUGGGUCGGCCUGGCUGUCUUUGUCGUCUUUAUGUUUUUCCUUCUCACACUUUUGACCAAGACCGGAGCUCCACAUCCUGACAGCAGUGGACAGCCAUGUGAGAAGCAGCCCCGUGUGAUUGGCUACAUGGACACCAACCUCAACACUGGAGCCCUUUUUCCUCGCCCCAGUGCUCUGGACUCGUCCAGCUCUCUCUUUCAGUGCUUUGUGUCCAACGAAGGUCAGCUGAACUCCAGAGCUGGUAGUGUGGGUGGAGGAGCACCAGGAGGCUGCCUCAGCAGGCCCAGCAGCAGUCUGGAGCUGGGGGACGGUACACUCCUGCAGGAGUUAGCAGUGCUGACCCACUUCAACCUUCCUAACUGUGUGGAUUCUGAGCAGAGCUCAGCUGUAGGUGAGGACGACAUGCUGCUGGGAGAGCCAGAGCUGGCCAUCAUUGGGGAGGGAUCAGAGCAGCAGGAAUGAUAAUUACCACAAUAGCUGUGUUCCAAACCGUUUUCCUCUUUCACUCACUCCACCCAUUCAUCGCCAUCGGUGGUCGAGUCGCGGGGGCACAAAGCUGUUAUUCUUAAGUGUAACUUGAGUGUAAGUGGAUCAUUUUUACUUUUAUUUUUCACUUUAAGGCUACUUUUAGUUUCUGAUGACCCAAAAUCCACUGAAAAGUCAACUGAAAACCUUCCGUUUUCUUGGGCUCCUGAUUUGUUACACUGCAUGUGUGUGCGUCCGUGGUUUGUGUGUGUGGGCUGGGUGCAAGGUUUGUUAAUAUUUGAAGUUAAAUGUAUUGAAAGGAUAGCCCCUUGAGAUGUAGCAUAUCAUUUUCGAGGGGAUCCUAUAAACCCAAACGUAGUUAUAAAACACAUAUAAACAGAACAGCGUUACAUAGCAAAUAUACACUACAAAUACACAGAUACAGACCGCUUGCUCACCCUCUCUCACCCCUAAUACAUAUACAGUAAUAACCAAGGUAACGACUAAAUUCCAUGAGGGUAAAGAACAAUUGAAGCAGUUUGUCUUCAGCACAAAUAAACCGAAAAAUCUUAAAGCUUUAGUGUGUAACUUUUUGAUAUUAUUGAACGUCUGUUACAUUCAAGCCAUUGCCAAAUGAGUUGCUACAAAGCUAAUUAAGACUAUCAGCUCCACACAACUCUC